AUGCCUCUCAUCAAAAUAACAAAAGGCGUAGCUCGCGGGCAAGGCGCGCGCCCUUACCAAGAAGACCAAUACGCGCUCGCCGACGAAGCAUUCUCACAAUCCGGUUUCGCCCUGUACUCCGUCUUCGACGGCCACGGCGGCGGCGAAGCCUCCAAGCACGCCUCAAAACACCUCCCCAAACUCGUCGUCAACUCCGACGCCUUCAAGCAGGGGGACUACAAGCGCGCGCUGAAGGAGGCGUUCCUGGAGGAAGACCGCCAGCUCGCUCAGGAAUUCAAGGUGGCUGCUGCUGCGGCCGGCCAGGCGCCUGCUGCCCCCGUCGGCGCUGGCGGACUGGGCGCCGGGAACGGAACCGGUCGUGGAGGCAGUACCGCCACCGUCGCGUUGAUCGCCCACGAGAAGCUCUACGUAGCCAAUGUAGGCGACUCCACCGCCGCGCUCGCUAAGCGGGUAGAGCGCGGCCAGGGCGGAGCCAACGCGGCGAUCGCGGCCGGCGACAAUGGGGUGGGCACGGAGGUGGCGCCGGCGACGAAUGGGGAGUAUGUCGCCGUGAGGUUGAGCAAAGAGCAUAAGGUGGAUGAUAAGGCCGAGUCGGAUCGCUUGCAGAAAGCGGAUGCGACUGUGAGGGCUGAUCGCGUCGUGGGCCCUGGACAUGCGAUCAAUAUGACGAGAGCGUUGGGCGACUUUGACUUCAAGUUGCCGGAGAAUGGCGCAAAGGAGGAUUGGAUCUCCCCCGUCCCACACCUAACAGAGAUGCCCCUAACCCCAGCGGUCGAUUUCGCCAUCAUCGCCUCCGACGGACUCUGGAACCACUUCCACGAGUCGCAGUUGAUACCCAUGGUCGCCGACAUGCGCAAGCAGGGCAGCACCCCGCAGCAGAUUUGCGAUUCGUUUGUUUCCAAGCUGGAGCAGACACCCGGCUCAGACAACAUCACCUUCAUGCUCCUCGACUUUACAUGGUCCGAACAAUAA